AUGUCUGCUUCUACAGGAACACCAACACGAAACCAACUUUCUACUCCUUCAACCUCUUCAAGCCCAUAUUCUACCAGUUAUGGUUUAACAAAGGAAACAUCAUUACCAUCACUUCGUCCAGCUACCACCGCAAGCAGUGGUGACUCAAGUAGUAACAGUCGUCCUGCCACUAGCUCGUCCACAAUAAAGAGACAAGGUACAAGCAUUUCAAGUGUGUCAGCAACUUCCAACCAAACUAUUCGUUCGAAACGUGGACGACCCCAAACUUCUGUUUCCACUCGUGAUGGCGUUGGCGGUGGCAGUGGUGAAAAUUCGUUUAUUGUUGCUGUUAUUGAGGGGCGAGGAGUUGCUAGUGAAGUUGGGAUGUGUUUCAUUGAUUUAAAAACUAGCGAGUGUAUACUUUCACAGAUUUCUGAUUCUCAAACGUACGUUAAAACCUUGCAUAAAAUGAAUUUGUAUGAUCCAGCGGAGAUUCUAUUAUCAACGACAGCAUUUGAACCAACAAAAUCAAAACUCUGUAAAAUACUCGAAGAAAAUAUGCAGUCCGCAACAAUGACGCCUAUUGGACGAAAGUAUUUUAAUGAUGUUGUUGGCAUGAAUUAUAUUAAACAGUAUGCUCUCGAAGAAGAUUCCGCGGUUCUGAUACUUGGUCUUACGUCAAAAUUUUAUUGUCUCUCCGCGGCUGCAGCUGUUUUAAAGUAUAUUGAGAGCACGCAAAAUAUAUUUUUUACGGAUCAUUCUAUUCAGUUUAAAUAUCAAGGAUGUGAAGGAACAAUGAUGAUAGAUUGUGCUUCAGCGCGAAACUUAGAAUUGAUAACUAAUAUCACGAACCCUCGUAGUAAACAUUCGCUUUAUGCACGAUUAUUGCGGACUAAUAUUUUACAGCCAUCGACUGAUGUUGAUAUUAUUAAUACGAGAUUAAAUUCCUUAGAAGAACUAAUCGAAAAUGAGGAAAAAUUUUUCUCGACACAAACUGCGCUGAGACCAUUUCAAGAUAUCGAUUGUCUCAUAACAGCGUUGAUCCAAGUUCCACGUAAACCGACAAUAAAACACGCCGAACAAAGCAUCAAUAACGUGAUAAUGUUGAAACACACGUUGAAACUAAUGGGAAAAUUAAGAGAAUGUUUGGUCGGAUGUGAAAAUUCGUUGUUGGUUGCGAUUUACAGGUUACUCUCUGAUCCAAGACUCGAAUCCUUUGAGGAAAUCAUCGAUCAAGUGAUUAAUGAAGAUGCUACAUAUCAAAAAGGCGCUCUUGGACUAAGAAAUCAACGUUGCUAUGCUGUUAAGGCAGGAUUUAACGGAUUAUUGGAUGUUGCUCGACAAACUUAUAAAGAAACAAUAAACGACAUUUACGAAAUCGUAAAUGGUUAUACUGAGCAAUAUAAGAUCCCGUUAAAAAUACAAUUCAGCCCCGCUACCGGAUUUCGUCUCUCGACAUCCAUCGGAAAUCUUCAAGAUCAAGCACUUCCAUUAGUCUUUAUCAACGUAUCGAAAAAGCGAAAAGCACUUACUUUCACCACAUUGGAACUUAUGAAAAAGAACACAAAAAUUAAUGAUUCGUUGACCGAAGUAUAUUUGAUGUCCGACAAGACAAUCGAGGAUUUAAUCUCCGAGAUUCGAAAAAACAUCGGUGUUCUUUAUAAGGCGUCCGAAUCCAUCGCGAUGCUCGAUAUGUUGACUUCUUUUGCACAUAUGUGCACUAUUUCAAAUUAUGUACGGCCAGAAUUCACCGAUACACUUGUGAUUAAAGCGGGACGACAUCCAAUGCGCGAAGCACUUUAUAUUGAAGAAUUUGUGCCAAACGAUACUUAUGCUAGUGAUGCCAACAAUUUUCAAUUGAUUACCGGACCGAACAUGAGUGGAAAAAGCACAUAUCUACGACAAAUUGCGCUGAUUAGUAUCAUGUCACAGAUCGGAUCUUUUGUUCCAGCUGAAUACGCGUCUUUUCGUAUUGUGGAUCAGCUUUUUACGAGAAUUUGCAAUGACGAUGAUAUGGAAAGCAACGCAAGCACGUUUAUGAUGGAAAUGCGAGAAACUGGAUAUAUAUUACAGAAUAUAACGGAUGAUAGUCUGGUAAUUGUGGACGAACUUGGUCGAGGGACAUCGACUCAUGAUGGAUUAGGAAUAACUCAUGCGGUUUGUGAAGAAUUUAUUAAAACAAAGGCGUUUGUAUUUUUCGCGACUCAUUUUUAUGAAUUAACGAAAAGCUUGACGGUGUUCCCAAACGUGGUCAAUUUACAUUUGGAAGUUGAGAUUGGUGCGCAAGAUAAUCAGUUCGCUAUGAAGUAUAUGUAUAAAGUUUGCGAUGGACGUAAUGACGAUGAACAUUAUGGAUUAAAGUUUGGGCAGAUUGUUGGGUUGCCUGAAGAUGUUAUUAGUAAAGCUUCAGAGGUGUCGCAUAAGUUGAAAGAUAUGAUCGAUGCUAGCAAAGAGAGGUCAAGUUCAAAUAAAAUUAGGCAGCGUAGAAAAGCAUUGUUUCAGUUGACACAACACUUGCUACAAAUCAAACGUUCCUCGAAUCUCGAUAAAGAAAGGUUGUUGGGAUAUCUUCGGAUGGUGCAACAAGAGUUUGUGAUGAAGAUGGAAGAGCGAAGAAAAAUUGAUACUGAUGACGAAAAGCUGAGAAGGGUUAGGGAUGCUUUGAAGAACGCAUCAAAAGAAGACCAGUUUCUUCUGUUUUCCAAAGAUGUUUCCUAUAUCUCAGGCAUAAAAGAUAAAAGCUCUAAUACAUUCAUUCUGUUUGUCCGUGAUUGCUAUAUCCACUUAUCAAAGCUCAUUCUUGAGGAUGGCAACUUUUGGCGUCUACGUAUUACUGGGAACCCGGGAAUUGGGAAAACCUUCUUUGGUUAUUACCUACUUCAUCAGCUCGCAGUGCGUAAUGAAACAGUUAUAUAUCAUGAAUAUAAUAAAUCACCGAUUCUUUUUAGUGAAGAAACUGUUUAUAGUCCUUACCAAGAUAAUAUUCAUGAAUUUAAAGAUCGCUGGGAAAUAAAGAAGUAUGAAAUUACAGAUCAUAAUACUAUCAGCCACAGACUUGUACAUAAUGUAUCACAAGUUGAGGAAGGUGAAGUAGAGAAUAUGUCUGGAGGGUCUUCUACAUCAGAAACGUCUUUAGUAACUAAACCAGAAAUGAAAAAAGAUAUGAGAUUUUUCUAUACAAUGUCGAUUUUAGAAUUUGCAUCCGAUUACAUUUUUGAAGAGGAUAAAUUAUUGUUUUGUGAUAUCGAGGCGAUUGCGCCUAACAAGUACUGUGUACCGACUCAAAAAAAUAAUGUAUAUGUUGACACGAUUGUUCAUCCCAACAUAUUCUUUCAAAUGACUGUUUCCAAGAAUCAUCCUCUCAACAUAAAUGAAAUGUUUAAUGAUUACCAAGCGCAGGAUCUUUACACACAGCGCAAGACCGUUGCCCAGUGUAAACUAUGUCUUAAACAAUAUGUUUUAGAGCUUGAUUUAUAA